CGGCGUACAGUAGAGCUACUUGAGGAGUGUCCCACGCAGAGCUGAAGGAGCGAGCGCCCGUGGUCAGAGCUGAGACGCGGCUUUAUGCGGCUUCUCUCUGCGGAACGCUCACAAACGGGAGCGAGCACUGCCCAGAGCUAUAACCGCGCUCUGUGAAAAGCCGCCAAGCCCGCGCUCACUGAACACCCGCUCAGCAUCUCCGCAUUUACAGCAUCAUCCCUCGCGACUGGGCAUCAUCUCAUCUCUCAGGACAGCAGAGAUUCCACUGGUUCGGGCACCAUGACGGACACAAUGACAGGCACGAGGGGUAUGCACUCACAGCCUGGGCCUGGUCCUAGUCCAGAGCUGACUGAUGAAGAGAAGGAAAUCAUCAACAGUGUAAUUGCUCGUGCUGAGAAGAUGGAAGUCAUGGAGCAGGAGAGAAUCGGGCGUCUGAUGAAUCGUCUGGAUAAUAUGAAGAAGACAGUGUGUGGAGAUGGGGUGUCUCGCUGCUUGUUGUGCGGAGAGCAAUUGGGUGCUGUAGGCGUAAAGUCUGUGGUCUGUGAAGACUGUAAAAAGCACAUGUGCACCAAGUGUGGAGUACAGAGUAACAGCCGUCCUCGAGCUGUAUGGCUCUGCAAGAUCUGCAGUGAACAGCGAGAGGUAUGGAAGCGAUCAGGAGCUUGGUUUUUUAAGGGUCUCCCUAAGCAGUUUCUGCCCUCACCGAUGCCCAUGACCAAACCCAAAGAGCCUCAUUUUCAGAAGCCUUCUGAGAACCAGACUGCACAGCAUACUGCAGCUGCUGCCCGGCCACAAGCACAGACUAAAGAUUUGGUGGAGAAUCAGGCAGGCGGUCCUGAAAUGCAGUCUACAGCUCCAGAGCCCACAGGUCGCCCACCAGUUGCUCCCAAGCCAGCUGUGGCUCCAAAACCUGCCAGCAUUGGUGGUUCCUGUUACUCAGAGGCAGAUGGUCCUGUUGUGUUGAAAAAGGCUGUUGCUGUGCAUAGCUCCAGAUCACCUCCAACAGCUGCAGCCUCCAGAAACCAGCAGACCCCUGCUUUCCAGGAAGCUGAGAGAGGAGCCAAUCUGAACACUGGGUUCCAGGAUAAAGCACCCUCUGCAGAAAGAGAGGAGAGGAGGCAGCCUGCAUCCUACAACCUCCCACCUGCCCGUCACCAGGCCCCGCCUCCAGAGGAGGAUGAAGAUGAGGCUAAUAGCUAUGACUCUGAUGAAGCUACAACUCUGGGAGCUCUUGAAUUCAGCUUGCUGUAUGAACAAGAGAACAGCAACUUGAUCUGCAGCAUCAUCAGAGCUAAGGGCUUAAAGCCAAUGGAUUCCAAUGGACUAGCCGAUCCUUAUGUCAAGCUGCAUCUGCUACCUGGAGCAAGCAAGUCAAAUAAGCUACGCACAAAGACCCUCCGCAACACACGGAAUCCUGCCUGGAAUGAGACGCUGGUGUAUCACGGUCUGACCGAUGAGGAUAUGCAGCGCAAAACUCUCAGAAUCUCUGUUUGUGAUGAGGAUAAGUUUGGGCACAAUGAGUUUAUUGGGGAGACCAGGAUAUCCCUGAAAAAAAUCAAGUAUGGCCAGAAAAAAACAUUUAACGUAUGCUUAGAGAGGGUGGUGCCAACCAAGAGAACAGCGACUGCUGGGGCUGCGAGAGGAAUAUCUCUCUAUGAGGAUGAGACCGGUAAGGAUGGAGCUGAAGUGGAGGAGAGAGGUCGUAUCCUGAUCUCUCUGAUGUAUAACACUCAGCUGAGUCGUCUCAUCGUGGGUGUAGUACGCUGUGUUCACCUAGCAGCCAUGGAUGCUAACGGCUACUCUGACCCAUUCGUUAAAAUAGUCUUAAAGCCGGACAUGGGGAAGAAGGCUAAGAACAAGACCCAGAUUAAGAAGAAGACCUUAAACCCUGAGUUUAAUGAAGAAUUCAGCUAUGAAAUUAAGCAUGCAGAGCUGGCCAAGAAGACCUUGGAUAUCUCUGUGUGGGAUUAUGAUAUUGGCAAAUGCAAUGAUUAUAUAGGGGGAUGUCAGUUGGGUAUCAGUGCCAAAGGGGAGCGUCUGAAGCACUGGUAUGAGUGUCUCAAGAACAAAGAUAAGAAGAUUGAACGUUGGCACACACUGUUAAACGAGAAUCAUGUCUCCAGUGAUUAAGGCUCACGUCCAGCGUCUUUAUGCAUGCCGAAGAUGAUUACACUAAUCCUAGUUCUACCCUGUCUUUUUUGCAACCCCUUCUUACCCUUUUCCCUUCCAGGAAACUAGAGUUUACAUAUUUUCUCUUAUCUUUGUUGGGCACUACUAGCUGAUGGUAUUGUUCCAUGUAAAAUGGUAAAAUAUUCUGUCUUGCUUCCAAGAGUUUGGAAAAAACAAAAUGAAAUUGAUAAAAAAAAACUUCUGCUCACUUUAAUUCAAGUAGGAGUGCAGAAAAGGCAUGCAGUGAAUAGAAGUACUUAUCGGCUCUAGCAUAGUUACCUUUUCUUUUCUUUUAAUUCUGCUUCCAACAGCUGUUGGGAUUAUUAGACAUGUAGUUUGCUGAAGACUUAGGCUCACAUCUUUGCACUCUCAGUCCCUCUUCCUGAAGUCACUGUUGAACAAACACUGUUUACAACUGCUGUUGAACACUGCUGUAGAUCUUUGUUAAUUAUUAUUAUUAUUAUUAUAGCUUGACACCCUGCUUGACGCAAAUCA